CUGUACCGCCUCUGGGCAAAAGCAAAUCUCAAAAAGGGGCGGAGGGCGGGGAUGUCCCGAGCCUAGGCCAAAGUCUAAGUCCGCAGGGGGCUGCGCGGGAAGCUACUUAUACCUACGACCCGCGGCCGCCGACCUCUAGCCCCACACCGCCAGCCGUGACCGUCACGCCAGGCAGAUCUCUGCGUUAUGACCUGGCUGUUGGGCUACGUGGACCCCUUGGAUCCCUGCUUUGUGGCUGCUGUCAUUGCCAUCACUUUUAAUCCGUUCUUCUGGAAUGUGGUUGCAAGAUGGGAACACAAAACUCGCAAGAUGAGCAAGGCCUUUGGAUCCCCUUACCUGGCCUGCUAUGCCCUUGGUGGUGCCAUUUUGCUGUUGAACAUUCUGCGUUCGCAUUGCUUUACGGAGGCCAUGCUAAGCCAGCCCAAGAUGAAGAGCCUGGAUAAUCCCAUAGCCUACGGUGUGGGGCUGGUGCUGCUGGGCAUGGGCAGUGUGUUUGUGCUCUCCAGCUUCUUUGCACUGGGCUUCACUGGGACCUUCCUAGGUGAUUACUUCGGAAUCCUCAAGGAGGCAAGAGUGACCACGUUUCCAUUCAAUAUCCUAGACAACCCCAUGUACUGGGGCAGCACGGCCAAUUACCUGGGCUGGGCCAUCAUGAACGCCAGCCCUGCAGGCCUGCUGCUGACCAUGGUGGUGGCCCUCAUCUAUGUGAUCGCCCUCCUGUAUGAGGAGCCCUUUACUGCGGAGAUCUACCGGCAAAAAGCCUCUCAGACCCACAAGAGAAGCUGAUGGGGCGCUCGUCCACUUUGCUAGGGCCUGCUGCCCCCCAGCCUACCCCGAGUGCCAAGCCCUGCGAGGGGAGAAUGGCGCCCGGCCCUGCUUGGUGCUCGCCCAGUGAGGGCUGCUCCAGUGCCUUGGAUACCGCUGCCUUGGGGUCCCUGGACAUGCUGCUGUGUGGCCUCUGAGCCCCCUCUUCCCACCAUGUCUUGAUGCACCAAUAAAGGCACCCUGACUCCAGC